GUCAGCACAGUCUCUUAAAGCAACAUGCCACACUUAACUUGCUUCAGUUUGGGCAAAUACUGACUGCUGCUACAGAGGCCCUCAGAAGCCGCUGGUGUCAACCCUGACCUUGACCCCCACUGCUGGACAUAGAAAUGGCUAACAAUGUUACUAUUCCCUCAACAACUCAUCAGGGAAAUUACUGUGAUCUCUAUGCUCACCACAACACAGCUAGAAUACUAAUGCCUGUGCAUUACAGCCUUGUCUUUAUCAUUGGGCUGAUGGGAAACUUGUUGGCCUUGGUUGUCAUUGUUCAAAACAGGAAAAAAAUCAACUCUACCACCCUCUACUCAACAAAUUUAGUGAUUUCUGACAUCCUGUUUACCACUGCUUUGCCCACUCGGAUAGCCUACUAUGCACUGGGCUUUGACUGGAAAAUAGGUGACGCCUUGUGCAGGAUAAGUGCUCUUGUGUUCUACAUCAACACAUAUGCAGGUGUAAACUUUAUGACCUGCCUAAGUAUUGACCGUUUCUUUGCUGUGGUGCACCCUCUGCGUUACAACAAGAUCAAAAGAAUUGAAUAUGCAAAGGGUGUUUGCAUAUUUGUCUGGGUACUAGUAUUUGCUCAAACGCUCCCACUACUCAUCAACCCUAUGUCAAAGCAAGAAGCUGGAAGGACUACUUGCAUGGAAUAUCCCAAUUUUGAAGAGACAGAUUCUCUUCCUUGGAUUCUGCUGGGUGCAUGUUUCCUGGGAUAUGUGCUACCACUCCUAAUCAUUCUCAUCUGCUAUUCCCAAAUCUGUUGCAAACUUUUUAGAACUGCUAAAAGGAACCCAUUAACAGAGAAGUCUGGUGUAAACAAAAAGGCACUCAACACCAUUAUCUUUAUCAUCGUUGUAUUUGUUCUCUGCUUCACACCUUACCAUGUUGCAAUUAUUCAACACAUGGUUAAGAAGCUUUGCUCUCCUCAUUUCAUAGAAUGCAGCCAAAGAUUCUCUUUCCAGAUUUCUCUUCACUUUACAGUUUGCCUGAUGAACUUGAACUGCUGCAUGGAUCCUUUCAUAUAUUUCUUUGCAUGUAAAGGUUACAAGAGAAAGGUCAUGAAGAUGCUAAAACGGCAAGUCAGCGUAUCAAUUUCCAGUGCUGUGAGGUCAGCCCCUGAUGAAAAUUCACGUGAAAUGACAGAGUCGCAAAUGAUGAUACACUCCAAGUCUUCAAAUGGAAAAUAAAAAGGACCAUACCUUGGACUUCACAGCAAAGUAAACUGUACCAUGAAUUCUGCAGGACUUCUUUACAAAGAAAAAUGACGAUUUGGCUUUCAAUUAGUAGUCCUUUCACCAUGUAUUAGUCCUCUCCUCUCUACCAGCAUGGAAGAUACACACACACACACACACACACGCACACACACAUAUGUAUGUGUGUGUGUGUGUAUAUAUAUAUAUAUAU